ACAAAUUUAAAAUUGUUUUCAGUCCUGAAGUAUAUGUCCUUAUAGUAGGUACUGCGCUAAUUCAUACUAUUUGAAUCACAGUCACCAAUCAAUAAUACAAUACUCAAUUUACAUUAUAAAAUCUUCAUAAGUAUCGAAUAGUUUCUAAACAGUUUUUAUUUCCUAAACUUAUAAUUUAACAUUCUGAAUCCGAGUUUAUUUUUUUGAUAAAUUAACAUGUAUUUGAAAAGUAUACUGUUUUUCUGCGUGGCGUCAUUCUUUUUCCAAUGUCAAGGUGUCCCCCCAACUGAAGAACAGCUUACUAUGAUUAAAGAAAAAAUCGCGUCAAAAGUGGGGGAUGAUGGCAAAAUGGACUUUACUCAAUUAAGUAAAGUAUUACUCGAAAUAGGACAAACAAUCGACAAAAAUUAUGAUGCAAAGGAUAUGGAUUUCGGUUUCCUUUAUACAAAUGACCAAGUUGAAAUCGCCAUCCUAUCGUACACAACUAAAGGAACACCAAGAUUAAAUAGAUUGGUUAGUGACAUAGUCGAGCAAAUUAUGAAGCAAGAUGACUACGUAAAGUUUGAUAAAAUAAAAGCCAUAUGUGCCAAAGUAGCUAAGGAAGCUGACAUAACAACCACAGACUUCGCCAGUAUGGAUGUGUUUGAAAGGCUAGAAUUACAAUCAAACCGUAUGUUUGGGAAGGAUGAAGUUAUGACCUAUGCCCUAGCGUUUGCUGCUACAAAAGAACCUGGAAUACGUGCAAUAAUAAAAAAAGAGAUCCAGCGUCGUGAUGGUUGUCUAUUCAAAUAUUAUGAAGACAUUAUAGCAAUAUGCAUGGAAGUAAAAGCUAAAGCGCAUGUACCCAUGGAAAUACCCACAUAUGAGCAAUUCAUAGAGACAUGGAAAAAUGGAGAAUUCACAGCUAAAACAGCUGAAAAACUCAUCAUUCGAAAUUUUUUUUUUUAGUUGUUAACUGUUCUCGAAUUACUGCAUGUAUGUAAUAUUUCACAUAUUCACAUACAAAUGUAAAUUUGAUUGAUUAAUAUACUAUUUUGCUCUUA